AUGCAGGACACAAUGCUGGGAAAUUGUCCCCUGACAGACAGGACAAAGUGCUGGAAACUUCUGAAUGAAGAGAAGGAUAAGGAAGAUUGCAGUGAGUAUCGCUCCCGGUUUGAAGCUUCUGGAGGACGACUGUCCUGCACGAGGGAGAACGACCCUGUUCGGGAUUCCUCUGGCAAGCAGCACAUCAACAAAUGUCUCAUGUGCGCUGAGAAGUUCAAAAAGGAAGCCCAAAGAGGAGGUCAGUCUGGUGGAACUGCCCAGCGCAACAAACCACUCCCUUCAGAGAGAACAAAGCAGAAGAGCUGCGGUGGUUCAGGGUCACGGCAGAGAGUGAAUGAGAGGCAACCCUUCUCACCGAACAGAGGCCCGCAAGGAAACGCAGCUCAGAACGGUAGGAACCGCAACCCAGAACCUGACCUCAACGCGCAGAGCAGAGACACCGACACCUACCAGCCGAAGUAAUGGAGUUCAGACUGCCAGCAAACACCAGGGAUCAGCUGUGACCAAAGGGCAAGUAAAGGAAGAGUUGAUGUUGAGCAUCAGGGGAGCUGCUGAGUCCCCAGGACUGCCAGAAUUGCCUUCGUCCCCUUCUGCAGUGAA